UUGUAAACAUAUCAUUAGUACACAUCGAACGGACUCCGAAUCGACAAGUGUAGCGCGUCGACGGAAUUUUCUCACCUCCGCCAAGGAAAGUAAUGUUACCGCGACAAGUAAUAUUACCGCCGCUGCCGCCAACUGCAAACUUUAACAAAUCAUUCAAUCCCAACGUUUGUCACGUUUGUAAGAAUGUACUCCCAUGGAAAUUGAUAUCGUGUCAACUGUGCGGCAUGAUCUUCUACUGCAAGGAGGAGCACAAACAGCUGCACGCAAACGAGCACAACGAGAUCUGCGGUGCCUUGGUAAAAUUAAAAAAUCAAAUGGACACGUUCUGCAGGCGUGACGUGACGACUACGAAAGAACGGCUGGAUCUGAAAUAUGAGCACAUAAAAUUCAUCCAACAGGAGAUGCAUCGUCGACUGCAGCCGUACGAGAAACAGAUGAUUUUCUACGAAAAAUCGUGUCUCGCCUGUCGUACGAAUAUUAAUCUGACCGAUACCUGCCCAAGCUGCUUGUCCGCUAACAGCUGCUCUGAUCACGCGUUAAAAGAUUUUCCCCACGAUUGCGAGAACCUGAAGAUUUGCAUGCAAAUUAAUAUGAUGCAUGUCUCACAUCCUGAGAUAUUCGAGUACCAAAGGAUGUUACCACGCUUUUCGCAUAUUAUGGAAAGUGCCACCUUCGAUAACAUGGUCUCAUUGAUCCAACAGUUAUUUUAUUGCGACGGAAACACACCUUCUUGGAGCCUCGCGCACAUUUGCUACACCGACAUCUUGUCGAAGCCGCUCACGCUGUUCUACGGGAUGAGAAGAGCAAAUUUGUUCUACAAUUCGCACAUCAAGCUUUUCGCCGUGCACAUUAUAGUCAAUGACAUCGAGAUCUUGCGAAGCUUACAAACUUGGGAAUUUCUCUUACAUAUCCUCGGGGAGUAUAAAAUCUUGAUCGUAAUUAUGAUAGGACGAAAUAUACCGGCGUCUCAAACCGGUGCCGUCGAGGUCUGUGAGGAUUGCAACAAGUAUCUGAGGGAACUCCAAUAUGAAUGUUGGCAUAUGUCGUACGUCGAAUAUACGAAUAGUGCAUUCUACAGGAAAUCGAACGUGGUUGUGGCGUUUGACGCGAAAUUUAUGCAAGAAAUAUCCGGACGAACUAUACUAACAUUAAUGGAUGAAAAAAGCCCGUUACUUAUAACGACUGGGGAGCUAUUUGAAGCGGAACAGAACGUGAGGAAGAUACAGCAAGUGCUGGGCUCAUCGUUAACACCGAUCAUUUAUGAGAGAAACAGAUUCGCAUCUUAUCAACCGCACAGAAACCACGAUUCUCGCUUCGUGUAUUUUCCUAAUUAUCAUUUAAUUAUAUAUUCAAGCUUAGUCUCUGCGAACGAUCCAAUUCAAACCAGUGACUUUCCGCCUGCUGAGUGAAGUAAUUAGAGGUCGGCAUUUCCCCGCUCCCUCCCCCCUCCCUGUUAAUACGACCGUGAAUCUUCGAGAUUAUCAAUUACUGCAAACGAUUAAAUCGUAAAUCCAAGACGUUAUAAUAAUAACACAAAAAGUGUUACAUAUGUAUCUGUUACAAAGUAUCGCACUGCAAUUGCCGUAAUAAGUGCCCCGGUCGCACAAAGACCAGCAAAAUAUAUUCUCGCCCCCCUAAGCGCGCGUAUGUGUGUUCUUUCGUAAUAAUCAUUUAACUUUAGACGAGAGCUUACGUCUAAGUUCAAAUUGUCACGAUAUUCAUGUGCGAUCUCAGCAUUUUAAUGACACCGUUAUAAAUUGUACAUAUAGGAUAGGCUGUUUGCAUCAAUAAAUGACGAUUUUUCUUUUUAA